CCGGACGCCGCUGCCCCGAGGCCUCACGUUUGCCUCGCCGCCGAGGCCGCUGGAGCUAGGGUCGCCCCUGAGAGAGGGCGACAGCUGUGUCCCCUCCGAGGCCCGGGGUCCGGCAGCCUCUGUGCGUCCCGGCCCGGCGCUGCCUGGCGCGUCCUGGCUGCCGGCAUGGAACUGCAUUUGCACCGAGCGGAUUAUUUACAGGUGGGAGUCACCUCUCAGAAGACCAUGAAGCUGCUUCCGGCUGCAAGACACAGAGCGGCGCAAAAGGUGGUUAUUGGAGAUCAUGAUGGGGUACUUUUGUGCUUUGGCAUGAAGAAAGGAGAAGCAGUGGCCGUGUUCAAGACCUUACCAGGGCAGCAGAUCGCAAGGCUGGGACUGGGAGGCGCGCUUAACACGCCCCAGGAGAAAAUUUUUAUUGCUGCAGGAUCUGAGAUUCGGGGUUUCACAAAAAGAGGGAAACAGUUCCUCUCUUUUGAAACAAACCUCACUGAAAGCAUUAAAGCUAUGCACAUCUCUGGCUCAGACCUCUUCCUCAGUGCAAGUUAUAUCUAUAACCAUUACUGUGACUGCAAAGACCAACAUUAUUACCUUUCCGGGGACAAAAUCAACGACGUCAUCUGCCUUCCAGUGGAAAAGUUGUCUCGUGUUACUCCAGUGUUGGCCUGCCAGGACAGACUUCUCAGAGUUUUACAGGGGUCUGACGUGGUCUACGAAGUCGAAGUCCCUGGCCCGCCCGCUGUCCUGGCCCUGCUCGACGGGGAUGGUGGUGACUCUGGAGAAGACCUCGUGUUUGGAACAUCGGACGGGAAACUCGGACUUACGCAGAUCACUGCAUCCAAGCCAGUGCACAAGUGGGAAAUUCGAAACGAGAAGAAGAGGGGAGGUGUCUCGUGUGUUGACAGCUUUGACAUUCUGGGUGACGGGGUCAAAGAUUUGCUUGCUGGGAGGGACGACGGCACGGUGGAGGUGUACGCUUUGGGUGGCGCCGGGGGGCCCGUUCUGCGCUUCGAGCAAGCGCUGUCUGAAAGUGUCACAUCUAUCCAGGGUGGUUGUGUAGGGAAAGAUGGCUAUGACGAAAUCGUGGUGUCCACAUACUCAGGCUGGGUGACCGGGCUGACCACGGAGCCCGCGCACCGGGAGGGCGGGCCCGGCGAGGAGCUCAGACUCAGCCAGGAGAUGCAGAGCAAGAUUUCCUCCUUACGGAGUGAGCUGGAGCGCCUGCAGUUUAAGGUGCUGCAGGAAAGAGAGAGAUACCAGCAGGCCUCGCAGUCGAGCAAAGCUAAGUCCGCAGUACCCUCCUUUAGUAUAAAUGACAAGUUCACGUUAAAUCAAGAUGAUGCCAGCUACAGCCUUAUCUUGGAGGUGCAGACAGCGAUAGACAACGUCUUAAUCCAGAGUGAUGUUCCAAUAGACUUACUUGAUGUGGAUAAAAAUUCUGCUGUCGUCAGCUUUAGCAGCUGUGAUUCUGAGUCCGGUGACAACUUUCUUCUCGCCACAUACCGGUGCCAGGCAAACACCACAAGGCUGGAGCUCAAGAUUCGCUCCAUCGAAGGCCAGUACGGCACACUUCAAGCCUACGUGACUCCACGAAUCCAACCCAAAACCUGCCAGGUCCGCCAGUACCUCAUCAAGCCCCUGUCCCUCCAUCAGAGGACCCACUGCAUUGAUCCUGACAGACCCAUGAACACGCUGACUUUAACGGGCCAGUUCAGUUUUGCUGAAGUUCACUCUUGGGUGGCGUUUUGCCUCCCUGAAGUUCCUGAAAAACCCCCAGCAGGAGAAUGUGUGACAUUUUACUUCCAGAACACCUUCCUGGAUACGCAGCUGGAGAGCACCUACAGAAAAGGAGAAGGAGUUUUUAAAUCUGACAACAUUUCUACUAUAUCCAUCCUAAAAGAUGUGCUCUCUAAAGAAGCUACAAAAAAGAAAAUUAACCUCAACAUAUCAUACGACAUAAACGAAGUAUCAGUCAAGCACACCUUAGAGCUCAUCCACCCAAAGCUGGAGUACCAGUUGCUUUUGGCUAAGAAAGUACAACUAAUUGAUGCUUUAAAAGAAUUGCAGGUUCACGAAGGAAAUACAAACUUUCUGAUACCAGAAUAUCGCCGUAUUCUAGAUGAGGCAGAUCACCUACAGGAAGAAUACAAAAAGCAACCUGCACACCUUGAAAGACUCUAUGGCAUGAUCACCGAUCUUUUUAUAGAUAAGUUCAAGUUCAAAGGUACCAAUGUGAAAACCAAAGUACCUCUUUUACUGGAGAUUCUGGACAGUUAUGACCAAAAUGCACUGAUUGCUUUCUUUGAUGCUGCAUGAAAUAGAAGCAAGUGACCGCGCUCAGUUUAUGGACUGCCUGCGGGGGCUCC